AUCGGUAGGGUGGCCACACUGCCAUCAACCCCAUUUAUUGCUUUGCUGCGGGGAGAAGUUGUGUUGAUUACUUUUACCUGUUCUGAGUGUUUAUGCGCCUGGAGAUGGAGGAGCAGAACAAGAUGAAACCCAUUCGCAAGGAAAUCCUUCACCCGGGCAAUGCGUACAUCGAGCUGAAGCCAGGCACCAGGGUGAAGUUUCACUUCCAGACGCGCAAGGUGGGCGACCCCCGCAUCUUGGACGACAGCCGCAAUAUGUGCAAGCCGAUGGAGCUUGUGAUGGGCAAGAAGUUCAAGCUGGAGAUCUGGGAGGUGAUGGUGCAGCAGAUGUCGCUCAACGAGGUGGCCAAGUUUACAGUACACAAAUCGCUUUGCGCCCAGUAUCCGUUCAUCUCGAAAACACUGCGAGACAUUGGAAAAAAGCCCGAGGAGAGGCGCCAUUGCUGUGGCAUGACCCUACAGAACGAGGGCAUCGGCUACCCGGACCUGGACGAUCUGUUGCAGCACCCCAUCGACCUCGAGUUCAUCUUUGAGAUAAUCUCCAUUGAGCUGCCGGAGCAGUACGAAAAGGACCGUUGGCAGAUGUCGGACGAGGAGAAGAUGCUGGCCACCACCAGGCUGCGCGAGCGAGGAAAUGCAUUUUACAAGGCGAGUCGCUUUGCGGAGGCGGAGAAGUGCUACAGCGAAGCUGUGGGCAUCAUCGAACAGUUGCUGCUGAAGGAGAAGCCCCAUGACUCCGAGUGGGAAGAGCUUGCUGCCAUCAAGAUACCACUGCUGCUGAACUACUCACAGUGCCGACUCAUCGCGGGAGACUUUUACGCCGUCAUCGAACACUGCAACGAAGUGCUCAACUUGGAUCCACGCAAUGUGAAAGCCUUGUUCCGGAGAGCCAAGGCCCAUGCCGGCGCCUGGAAUCCGACGCAGGCACGUCGCGACUUCAUCGACGCCCUGGCUUUGGACCCCAGCCUCAGAUCAACGGUGACCAAAGAGCUCAAGUCAAUUGAGGAGCAGCAGCACGCCCGCAACGUUCAGGACCGCAUUCACAUGCAGAAGCUCUUCUAGAACAUAAGUUGUGCCAACAUGCUGCUCAUGCUGCUGGUCUACUGGAGCUGUUACCUGCAGCGCUAGCAAUUACUUCCCCUGCACCCCAUACUAUCGGCGGCCGUCCCCUGCGCCCAUGGCGCCGUUCUGCUCUGUUCUGUCGGCAAUCUGCUCCUCUGUUGCCUGACCCUCGUGAAGCUGGUGCGGGCACUGCCUCGGCGCAGUUACUCGGGCGGAGUCAACGGAGCCAAUCGAUCCUGGCGGCUCCCGUCUCAGCGUUUUGUGAGAUCUGCAUUUCAUAACUCCCGUUUCAUCCCCACAAAUGGUUUCCUCGACGGGCCGAUCACCACCUAGCCUGAAUGUCUCCACCAGUGAUAACAUCGCAGACUUGACUUUACCACACUACUAUCGCGUUACAUUUGCAUGUCGUGUGUACAUACUUUGUGUAUAAUUCGUUGUUCAUGCAUUAACCAAACCACAACUCAAAUGUUCCACAUUUGCUCCGCCUAGUCGGAAAUUUAUGAAUGUUUAUCUAUGUGCGAUAUUUACUUUUAGCUAGAAUUCACUUUAGAUCUAGACGAAUGUAUAAAUUGUAUAAAUGUGCUUUAAAGCUAUCUAAUUGUUUAAAA